GAUAAAGAUAAUAUAUUUUGUUUUUUUUGUUAUAGUUAUAAACAUUCCAAGUUGAUAAUAAUUUGUCAGUGAAUAAAAAUAUAAGUGUUGAGUGCUUUAAAUGUGUGAUUGUAAAUACUAUUGUAUAUAGUUCACUAUAAGAUAUACACACAGUGUGUACUUACACACAUAAACAGAAAAUGAGUUCUGGUACACGGAUCCAGCGGUCGUCUGGUGGGACAAAUAAUAAAGGCACUUCUAUUAAUAAUCUCACCAACAGUGUCACAAAUAAGAAUCAGAAUGCCGUCAGCACAAAAAAUAAAUUAAAUUCUGCUAGUGGACAAGAUACAGUAAAAAACCAGGAUAAAAUACAGCCUACGGCAGAGCAAAUGCGCAUUGCUCAAAUAAUGGAUGUGCGUACCGAUGAUCCAGGAAUUCGGGAGAAAGUCAUUACUAUGAUGGAAACCACUUUUAGAUCAGAAGAGGAAGUUUGUUCUGCUUUACAUGAUUGUGAUAAUGAUGUUGACAGAGCAGUAAAUCUCUUAUUUGAAUCAACUAAUUCUCAAACUGCUUGGGAAACAUCAGUGAAAAAGAAAAAGAAUCGUCUAAAUAGCACAAGUGGUAAUGUGGGGCAUGCAGAUUCUCGUAAUAACAACAUGAAUAAUGUUUGCGAUACUGGUGAAGAUUGGGAUCAUUCUAAUGCUGCAAUCAGUGGAGCUGGUGAUGAUCAGUCAACUGGACAGAAUAAUGUAGCUGGCCACGGGUCUCACCGUGGCAGUGGCAGAGGCAGAGGUCCACGAGGAGGCAGAAGAGGAAAUUUAGACAGUCGUGGGUGGAGGGGACGUGAGGCACGCGAGAAUGAUCGUAAUAAUCAUCAAGAUGAUGGUACACAUCCCAGUUUUAGGGAAGGUGGUGGUGGAUAUCAUAGAGACAGGAGAGGUGGACGAGGGGGUGGAAGAGGAUAUGGUGGACGAGGGGGCAGGGGUGGACGAGCAGGGGGUGCUGGUGGCCGUUCAUUCCAGUCUCGGUUGGAUUCUCGGUCUCAGCAUCGGAACCAAAAUGAGGACCAAGUUGAAUGUUGGGAUGAUGUUGAUACAAAUACACAAUUUAACAACGGAAAGACUGAUAAUUUUCCUUCUCCCGAAGACUGGGAUAAUGAAGAAUAUACUGGUAGCUUAGCUGACACCAAAGUUUUUACUCCUAGUGAGAAUCCAAUUCCAGAAAUAAAUCCUAAUGCACAAUCUGCUGCGGAUAAUCAACAGUAUUUGUCUGAAGUACAGUAUUCAAGUGCUGUGGUGAGUAGUGGGCCUCAUCAUAAUUCACUGGAAACGCAUGAUGCAUUGCUUGUACCAGGAAAUGCCAAUAAUAUAUCUAAUCAUGCUUUACCUGAAAUUCAUCCUCCUCCAACUGCAGCUCAACAGCUAACCCAGGCUCUUGAAAUUCAUUCAAAUCCUACACAAGUCUCAGGAUCUCUAUCUGCUGAACAAACACAGUACUUCACAACUCUAACACAACAAAAUUCACAAUCUUGUGACAUAAAAGGUCAACAACAAACUGUAAAUAUGACUUAUGGUACUACAACUGGCAGCAGUAAUUACAUAAGCAAUGCUGCACCUGUGUAUGGUGUAAAUCAGCAUCAAAUCAACUAUGGUAAUGGUAACCCAAGCUAUGCUGGUGCUGUACAAGAAGCUACUUCUAAUGUUUCACAGCAAAGGAAACAAAGAGCUCGUGUACCACCACCUUCAAAGAUUCCUGCUACGGCUGUUGAGAUGCCUGCUGAUCUAAAUACAUCUGUCGGUUUUCUGGAUGUUCAAUUUGGUGCUCUUGAAUUUGGGAGUGAUACCAGCUCAUUUGAAAGUAAUCUGGAUAGUACGAAUUCUUCAAUUAUUUCAAACUCGAAGUUUGAUUCUUCGAUAUCGUCAAUACCUGUAUCUCAGCAACAGUUAGGAUCAACACAUAAUGUGGAUGCAUCAUUAGAUAGUAGUUAUAAACCCACACCUUCUAACACAUCACAAACCUCACAAAAGGUAGCAGGUGAUACUAUGACUCAAAUCUCUGAUCAUAACUUGAGUUCUGUACCCAAUUAUUCCUCACAGAACAGAAGUAGUAAUUCAGUUACUUCUUGUAUAAGUCCUGCUAAUGCAAAUAACAGUACUGUUGCAGAUCAACUUUCAUCUAAGACUGAUAACCACACAUUUAACCAGCCUGUUACGAACACAGUUUCUCAGUUCCAAACAAAUAGUUAUUCAAAAUCUCAAUCAGCAUAUCAAACUUCUACGCCUUAUUAUUCAAACACACAACAGCAGUCUGUGAAUUCAUAUGGGGCAAGCCAAACUCUUCCUUCAGGUUAUAUUAGUAAUAAUUCUGUUGGAGUUGGUUAUCCAAAUACGUCUUCAGUGUCGGCGAAUGUUGGAAGUUAUUCAUCCCAAAGCAUAAGUACAGCAUCAGCAGUUUCAACAGCUCCUGCAGGGUAUUCAUCCCAAUCAGUUCCUAAUGUAACCGGUGUGCAACUUGGAUAUUCAUCUCAGAGCACCUUCAUGAAUCAGCAAGUUGGAAGUUAUCCUGCGCAAAAUCAAAACUCAUACCAGAAUACUACAAAUAACCAGUCAGUUUAUGGAACUAACUCCGCUUUGGCUAAUAAUACAUCCAGUUAUUCUACUUCUAGUAGUAUUCCCACUAACAUUACAUCUGGUCAAUAUAAUAGUUACUCCACAAAUGCAGGCUCACAUAAGUUAUCUAACAAGGAUUCUCAGUAUGAUAAUCCAGUUAGCAGUGUAUCUGGAAAUUUAGUUUCUACUAGUGCUAGUGUGAGUUCACCUGUUUUGGGAUUAGCUACGACAGUGUCUAAGUCCAACAAUUCUACAGGUAAUUCAAAUAAAACUCCAAUAGUUAGUGCAAAUUCCUCAUCUGUGAUGGUAUCCUCAUCUGCUACCAGCAGUUCCGCUGCAAAUAGUGGAAGUGGGUCUAGUAGUGGUAUUACUGCUGGAUCAAGUGGUGUGCCAGUGCAAUAUAUAAUGGGCCAAGCCGGGGUUCCAUUUUAUCAACAACCUUUAUACUCAUUUGAAGAGUUACAAAUGCUUCAACAACGUAUGCCACAUAUGAAGGCAACUGGCUACUACAAUAUGGGGUAUCAAACCCCAACAACUUUAAGUACUGGAAGAGAAGGCACUAUUGGUUCAGUGGCAUACUCAAUGCCCGAUGGUCGUUUUACUAGAGCUGAUAGCAAUGCUAGUCCAGUGCCAAGUACACUGUCACAACCCACAGCAACAGGUCAGCAUACUGGUGGUCCAAUAUUAAAUCCUACAUUACCACCAGGAUACAUGGAGGCUUAUUAUUACGGAGGUGGAAUGUUACCUGGAAGUUACCAGUAUGGCACUCCUACAUUAUAUCCACAAAUGGCUACAACAGCAAAUGCACAUGGUUCAACAACCAAUAGUGGAUACCCCAAGCCUUCUUAUUCUGGUUAUAAUGCAGGUUAUGAAUCACUAAGCCAAAGCCAAGAUUAUACAAAACCCAGUGGUUCUUAUGGUCCAGGAGGAAGUGUUAGCGGUACUACAGUGGUGCCUCAGGUAUCUGGCAAAUCCAAUACAACUACAUCGGGGAGUGUUGGUCCAAACAGUCAGGGUGCUAAUGUGCAGACAGGUGCAAAUAACACAGAUAUAGCAAGCGCUAUGUAUAAUAAAACUCAUACAGCAUUAAAUAAAGUUAAUUCUUAUGAGAAGCAAACAUUUCAUUCGGGCACACCACCACCGUUCAACAUGCCAGGAAGUGGUUCCAGUGGUACUACUUAUGGGGCUCCGCAUUUAUUUAUACCAACAAUGGCACCUCACCAACAAGCUCAUCAUAAUACACAGAUGCUGCAUCAGCCUUUGCAUCAGAUAUAUGGGGGCACUUCACAAGUUAGUCACAGGGAUUCUGGCAAUGGUAGUGGUCAACGUACUCAAUCUUCUUCUCAACAGAAGUCGAGUGGUAAACAAGGAUACUCACAAUCUCCUUAUUGGACUCCGAACUAACUACCCUAAAUAUUUUUUGCGUAAUCUUGAUUAUAUGGUUAAUCCUCUAUGUGCAUUGAUGAUAACUAGAAAUAUCCACUAAUAAAAUAUAGAACUCUGUCGAUGAAAUGAAUCAUUAUGUAAUCAGGAUGCUGAACAAUACAUUUACAUAACAGUGCAGAUUUUGUACAUGUGAAAGUUUUGCUUGCGAAAUUAGUUUUUGUGUUAAUAUUUUGAUUUAAGAAUUAUGAAAUAAUGCAAGAAUUAGGCUAUUUAUCGGAAUGAUUUAUAAAUAUAUA